AGACUGCGCGGGCGCAUUGCAGGCGGGAACUUUGUCAGGUGUAACUGGCUCGGAAAUAAUAUAGUGGUGUGACGCAAAAUAUUGAGACCGAAAAUCGUAGUGAAAUAAAGUUAGCAAACAACAAAAAUGUGGCGGCAAUUCUCUUUUAUAUUGCUGCUCGUUGUUGCGACUUUAGCGAUAAAAGUGCCGGUAGACAAUGUUGAAACACCUUCAGAGAGUAAGAACGAUACGCAAAACAGUCCCGUCUACUAUACAUCUGAGGAUUCCGAAAUAGACAGCUAUCUUGUUCCACCAGACCCACACAAGCCCGAAGAAGAAGAAGAAUCAGAUAUUAUAACACCAGCAACGUAUCUUCUUCCUCCUUCGCCUGAGAAGCAAACGAAUUACUAUUAUACUCCAAUAGAAUCUGGAGACCAAAGUGAUUGGCUCCCAAUAUCAGCGCAACCACAAGCAGUUCCCGAGGGAAUACAGAAAGUGAGAGUUGGAAAAUUGGUCAACAAAGGUAAAGUUGCUGUCCCAAUACCAUCGGACCACCUCGAGCCACCAGUCUUAAAUGCACCCAAUGAUUAUAUUGUACCGACGCCAUCAGAAAAAUUAGAGCUACCUUUGAAAAAUCAAAAACAACAAUUUGUACCAGACCCAGAUUAUCCACAAAUGUUGAACGUUAAUCAUAAGUACACCCCCGCUUUAACGAAAGAUGUGCCAAUUUUCAUCAGAAUUCCUAAGGAACAAUUUAUUUCGUCUCAACUCCUGCCACCAAAACCUGGACCGGGAAAAUUCAAGAAUCCUACUAAACUAUACCCAAAGAAAUAUCCAGGCGCUUUCAAACCAGUUCCGAUUCCAAUAGGCCAAUUUGCCGAAGAUGGUUUGUCUCAAGUUCCCAGAGCCAAGCCCAUAAAAUAUUUUCAGCCGAUACCUAUUGACGAAAUCAACUAUAUGAUUCCUUCAGAGGAAAAAAAGCGCUAUCUCUACGAACAAGCCGAACUAAAACGAAAAUUGAAAGAAGAGGAGGCCGCCAAGCAACAACAGAGUCCUGCGGUGGAAACAUAUGGCAACACUGACACAACGGAGCAAGAAACUUCGGCAACUCUGCACAGAUACCCCGCCCGGCCAGCUCCUUUAAGACAAGCACCUGCGCCUGCGCCACCGAGCCAGAACGAGGCAGGUCCUCCGCCUUCCGACGACCGCACAGAGUUCCGCAUGCACGGCAUGAAGGGCCCCCAUAGCUAUCAGUUUGGAUAUGACACCGGUAAAGGAAAAAACCGUCAGUUUCGCUAUGAAGAGCGAGACAAUGAUGGCACCGUAAGAGGACACUAUGGCUACAUGGACAAGCGCGGGAAACUUCGCGUUGUUAACUACAGAGCGCACCCUGAACACGGGUUCCAGGCGGACGCGCCCGUAGAAAAGGAGUAAAGGACAGCGAGCAGCUCAAUAUUUAUUGACUUUAUUGUACAUAUAGGUAAUACUAUAGAAAUCGGAAUAAUAUAAGACAAUAGAAAUGUCACUUUGUUCUUAAAACCAUACGAAUGAUGUCACCGUCUUUCUCUCGUCAGUUGUAAUCUCAGAAUUGAGAUGCAAACGUAUCUAAUAGUAUCAAAACUAUCAUUAUCGCAGUCACAUUUACCAGUAGGUAGUUACCACUUCUAUAGUCUUAUAUCAUUCCGAAUAUCUUUGGGUUAUAUAUAGGGUUUUGUAAAUAACAUGUAGUUCUUAGGUAUACCUAAAAAGAUCCAGUCGUAGUCUUAUUCAGUGUCGAUAUCUUAGGAAAUCAUUUGGAUUAUUGAAAAUAAUAUUCCGAGAUUGUGGUUUAUAUGUGAAACGAAUAAAACGUACAGUUGCCUGCAAAGAAACGUGACCUGUCAUACGUACGAUAGUUCGUACGUACCAUAGAUAGAAGUUUAACCCCGUUUCUAUGAGGGGGCUUUUCGAUUUGCAGUCUAAUUACGAAAACAGAUUGAUUAAGAACAUUGAAAGGUGCAAACAUUCCUUACAUUGAGAUUGUAUGCGUUGUUGUAUAACUUUUAUGUAUAAAAAGUUAUUCAAUAUUAUAGUUUGAAAAUUAAUAUGAUUGCUAAGUCUUUUUGUUUAUAUGAUUUUCCGAAGUCCGAAAGCUUUUUGUUUAUAAUUUCACUUUUAUACUUUUUUAUUCAGAGCAUUUUUUUCAUUAUCAGAUUUUUAGUGUACCAAGAGUAGGUUUUGAAGGAACCUAUAGAAUGAAAUCUUAAAAAAU